AUGUCAGUCUCUCCCGAGCCUCCUACUAAAACAAAUGCAGAUGCAUACACAUAUACAUACAUACAGAGCACUAAAGCAGGGAUAUUCUCAUCUGAUAUAAAGAUCUUUGAGGUAGAUAGUUACUAUAUCACAAUACAAGUGGAUAUCGAAAUCUUCAAGACCGUAACAUACUCCAGGAUAUCCCGGUCUUACAUAUCGGUUAGCAGCAUCAAGACAACUAUAGAGAGGUAUAAGAAGGCUAGCUCAGACAGUUUGAACAUGACUUCUGUUACAGAGAUUAAUGCUCAGUAUUAUCAACAAGAAUCAGCCAAGCUGAGGCAGCAGAUACAGAUGCUGCAUUUGAUGGGAGAUUCUUUGAGUGCCCUUUCUGUGAAGGAACUGAAGCAGCUCGAGAACAGGCUCGAGCGCGGAAUCACCAGAAUUAGGUCCAAGAAGCAUGAAAUGCUGCUUGCUGAGAUUGAGUACUCGCAGAAAAAGGAGAUUGAGAUGGAAAAUGAAACUGUGUACCUUUGCACCAAGGUAUCUGAGAUAGAGAGAAUGGAGCACGCGAACAUGGUUCCGGGCCAGGAGAUGAAUGUGAUUCAGGGGUUGGCUUCUCGCAAUUUCUUCCCUCCCAAUAUGUUGGAGGGUGGAAAUUUCUAUCCUCAUCCCGAUAAGAAACUCCAUCUCGGGUAUGAAUCAAUAAUUCCGUGCAUAUUAGUAUGGAUACUUUAUGGAAACUAUAGCAUCUCGUCUGGCGUUUUAAACGCUCAGUAGCAAAUAUUAGUUUCUCAUUUGCUGGUGGAUCAUCGUCCUUUUGAUAAGUAAGUGUCAUAAAAAAAAAUACUAUAAUCCACUAGCGUAUUUAUUAUAAGAAGUGUCAUCAAAUGUACGCUGGUGGAUCAUCGUAUUGUAUUGCGACAUGGUAGUGCAGAUAGUACUUCAGGUUUAACGUACAAGAUGUUAUGAGAGCAUGUAUCGUUCUUGGUUCAAGAGUAAAAUGUACAUGCCUUCAUUUUAUU